CUGGUUUUCCCUUAUUUAUCCAUUUCUUCUUCUUUUUUGUUUACAACUUUCUUUUGUUUUUUUAAUUUAAUUGUAUUCAUCAUGGUUGGCGGUUCAUCCCAUCCCUCCAUCACUAUGGGCUUGAUUUGCACGGCUGGCGGUAUUGCCGGAUAUCGUCGCACUGCUUCGGUUCCUUCGCUUGUUGGAGGUGUUGGUAUUGGCGCUGUGUAUGGUACGGCUGCUUACCUUGUGUGGCAUAAUAAAGAUUACGGCCAUGAAACAGCACUGGCUGCCUCGCUCCUCUUGGCUGGAGGCAUGGUCCCUCGAGCCGUCAAGUCUGAAUUCAAAAAACCCGUUCCCGCCGUUCUAUCUGUUCUUUCCAUCGCCGCCGGUAGUUAUUAUGCUUACAAGAUUUAUCAAUAUCGCUAGCCUGCAAAGGUAUCCGUCACCAAUCUCUACCGUGGCUUUUCCUUUCGUUGUAAUUUAAUCUAGAUCGUCACAAGUACCUAUAAAACCUUAAUCGGUUUUGUUUACCUAAUUUAUAUAUAUAUAUAUAUAUAUGGCAAGUCGACAUGCUUGUGCGCGUCCUUAUCUGAUGUUUCUUGGCUGAUGAUGUCGACAAGUCUAUUGAAAUGCAAGCCAAAAUUUCGAAAAAUAAUAAUCGGC